AAUGAUGCACUGUGGGAUUGCAGAACAUUGACAUAGCAACCAGGCGACAGAGCCACCAGAGUUUUAACUGUCUUUUACUGUGUUUAAGCUUCUUAGCUUUACUUUCGACGGCUGCCAUGAAUGGGACAGUGGUAAAAAAGACCCAGGACACGCUGGGCAAAGUAAUAAAGAAACCGCCUCUCACGGAGAAACUGCUAAGCAAGCCACCGUUUCGAUACCUUCACGACAUCUUCAGUGAGAUCAUCAGGACCACUGGCUUUAUGAAAGGCCUGUAUGGAGAAAAUGAUAUGAAGUCAGAUAAUGUUAAGGAUAAAGACUCUAAAAUAGCCUUCCUCCAGAAAGCGAUAGAUGUCGUGAUGCUGGUGAGUGGCGAGCCCCUGGUGGCAAAGCCAGCACGCAUUGUGGCUGGCCAUGAGCCUGAGAAAACCAAUGAGCUGUUGCAGGCCAUGGCCAAGUGCUGCAUCAAUAAGAUGUCCAGUGACGAUGCAGUGAAGCGAGUGCUCGCAGGAGAAAAGGUGGACAUAAAGACCAAAGCCAGCACCUCCAGGUCCCAGGACAAGGAAAAUAGGGAGGGACGUGAACGUCAUCUGGAUAGAGAGGAGAAGAAAAAGAUUACAGAGCGCAGCGGGAGCCGGGACCAGAAGGACCCAGACCAGACCAAAGAGCAGGAGAGCCGACGCAGAGAUGGGGAGAAAGAGCACCAGCGUGACAGGGAGCGCUCUGACAAGCACCACCGCAGUGAACAGGACCACCACGCCAAAGACCGUGACAAAGACAAGAGCCGGGAGCGAGACAAGGAUAAAGACAAAGGACGAGUCAAAGAUAGGGACAAAGAGAAGGACAGAGAGAGGGACCAAGAAAGGGAAAAAGACAAAGAGAGAGACAAAGGCAGAGAAAAGACAAGAGAUAGGGAUUCUCGCAGAGACCGGGAAAGAGACAAGGAGAAACGAAGAGACAAAGAGCGGGAGAAAGAGAGAGAGCGACACAAAGAGGGCGAAGAGAGGAAGAAAAGUGGAGAGAGUGGCAAUAGCAAGGCCAGAGUAUCAGAGGAACCACAGCAAAAACCCAACCCUGAGCCGAGCAAAACAGCCAAACAUGUGCCAGCACCUGCAGAAGCAGUUGAGAACCAGUCUGAUAGUCCAGCUAGAAUACCUCGGCCUUCAUCUGCCAAAGGGCAGAGGCGGAGACCAAAAAUUGGAGGUCAAGAUGAGUCUGAUAGCGAAGGAGACGGAGAUGCUCUGUUAGCCCAGAGACCUGCCCCCCUGGAAAAUGGAGACAUUGCAGGCUCCUCAGUGCCAUCCGACAUGGCCUCCAGCAACAGGAGAAUACCACGGCCCAGCAGCGCUCGGCCAGCACCUCCCCGAGUCAAGAAACAGGAAAGUUACUCUGAUGUGACCCCAGCUGAGAGGCUGUCCAGUGCCAAGCCCUCAGCACCAGUCAUCAUGGAUGGGAAGAUGCUGUCUGAGGAUGAGGAGGAUGAAGAUGAGCAAUUUCUCGUGGAGGUGCCUCCACCUUCAGAUUCUCCUGAGAUGGAUGUGGGGCUUGCACAAGAACUCGACAGUGAAGACAAACAUGGUGGCCUUGUGAAAAAGAUCCUUGAGACCAAGAAAGACUAUGAAUUGUCCCCAUCCUCCCCCAAAUCUAAAGAACAGAGCGUGGUGUCUGAAGCAGCACGCAAGAAAGAGCGGGACAUGGUGACCCGGGAGAUUGACCGGCUUCGCUCAUCCAUCCAGACGGUGUGCCGCAGCACCCUGCCUUUGGGUAAGAUCAUGGACUACAUACAGGAGGACAUGGACGCCAUGCAGGCUGAACUGCGCACCUGGCGGCGGGAGAACAAAGAGCACGCGCAGGCCUUGCUGCAGGAGCAGAGAGCGACAGACAGGGCAGUGGAACCUCUUAAGUUAGAACUAGCUGAGCUGGAGCAGCUGAUCAAGGACCAGCAGGACAAGAUUUGCGCUGUAAGGUCCAACAUACUGAAGAAUGAAGAGAAGAUCCAGAAGAUGGUGACUGGAAUCAACUUCUCCGCCAGAACUUGAAGUGAGAAACGAGGUCGACGAAAUAAAACUUUCCUAAAAAUGCACUGAAGAUUUAGGGAUGAACAGUGUCUCGUUCAGAAUAAUGGUAAGACCAUUUUUUUUUUGGAGAUUAUGUGGGGUAGGACCAAACACUGCACCUUUAGGGUUUUUUGUCAGAAAAGGAGAUGGACCCAAACAUAUCAGUGGGAUAUUGGUAAAUAAAAGCUCUAUAUGAUGGCUUGAAGGUCUGACUUUAAUCUAGCAUCUGCUGUGACUGACAGAUAAAUAAAUACAAAGCAUCCUGCUCUGCACACUAACUUUACCCCUUAUCUGUAAUGGUGCCUUUGUGGAAUGAGCCAGUGCACAGUUAAUGACUUGCAAGUUAGACUAAAUAGUUAUAUUUAAUGCUGGGUGAAUUCAUCAAACGCCUAUUUUAAAAUGACCAAUAAUUAACAUGAACGUUUGAUUUGCUGUACACCCAGCAAUCCCUGGUCCAAAUUUUAAAACCUGUAUUUUUUUUUUUUUAAUUAAGCUAGCAACCUGGAGCGUGGCACAUUUUGUUUAGUUUAGUUUCAUUGCCUCAGUUCUUGUUUUUCCUGGCUCUGAGGACUUGGGACUUAGCCACUGCUGUCCACAGGGCUUGCAAUUUGAUUGGAGUAAUAAGCAGGCUUGUAAUCUGAUUCAUUUGCUGUUUUCAACUAUGAUUAUUACAUCUACUAUAGUGCUAUUGGACUAGCUAUACAACAAUGAAUACAUAUUCUUCACAUUCAACGUGAAAGUUUCUUGAGUUUGCAUGGAGAUAUCUAGGACUUAUGUGGGGAGUCCUGAUGGUCUAAUCGAUUGUAAUACAUGUUACAUGAUUGUGGUGCCCUGAUUUGAAUUUGCCCUGGGACCUGUAACAUGUCGUACUGAUCUUUUCUUUUUCUUCUAAACCUUUUUCUUCAAGCUUCCUCCUUCAAGCUACCUUUCAUACAAACAAAAACCUUUUCCCGUGCUUACAACAACCUUAUACCAUCUUGUAAAAACCAAAACUCACAGUUUAUCUGUAUGUUAUUUCACUGUUCCACUUUUGAAGCACUGCUGCACUUUGAUAAGAGUGAUUAGUGGAGGCGUACCUUCAGUGGCAGUGUUGCAAUUCUUUCUUCUAUCUCGCAUACCCAUCUUAUAAAGCAUAUGCACACUCAUGUAAUUUACUUUCAGGGAAACGUAAGCGUUUAUCCUUUCUCCCUGCAGUCAGUGAGCAAACAGGACAGCUGCCGUCAGGAAGGUCCCUCUACUCUAUUUAUACUGUAGGAUUUGCCAAACUGUUUCUUUUUUGGAAUGGAGACAAUGUUUGGUCAGAUGGCAGCUUUUUGUGAGAACCUUCCAUUCUUUAUACAUAAAAAAAAAUAAUACAAAACUAUUUUACUAGCUCCUUUUGUGACUUUAAAAAAUGUGCUUUACAUAUGUAGCUAAUAAGAAAAUAUGAAGCAAUACUAGGCUGAGAUUGGAUAGAGAUGUGAGACUGAAAGAAACCACUGUCCCAGUUUCCCCAAAAUUCCAAUAAUGCCAUCUCACUGAAGUCCAUGUGUGUGUGAAAUACACACAUACAAUGCAGUUACCAUAUUUAAGUAAUAGUACAAAAGUUAAUUUUAACUUGUACAAGUGCAGUUGCUACCUCUGGUUAGUUCUACUGCAGACAUACAUGUAGACUGCCAGCAUUUACACAGCACUGUAAAAAAAACAAAAAACACACACACUUGGUUGGAUUGAUGAAUGUAAUCCAUUCUUUAAAUGCUUUUUUAUAAUGUCCAGUUGUAUCUAAACUAGUUUUUCCAGAUGUGAAUGUGAUGAGCGUACAUACUGUAGCUAGACUUUAUCUUCUCUGCACAGACCUCCAAAAAAUCUGCCCAAAAAUGGGUUUCAACUUUGACUGCCUCGUCAGACCGGACCAGACAACAUCUCAAUACAGCUAGUAGUUGCCAGUGGGAAGAAAUGUAUAGCUUCUGACUGGCCAAUUGUGUUUGUUUAGACUGAUCAUUGGCAUCACCAGCUACGGAAAGAGCAAAAUUACACUGAUAUAUCUUUUAAAAACGACAUUGCUUCAGUGGGAAAUAUCUAUAUUAAUGCUAUUCAUUUAUCUGAUCUUUAUGAGAGGUAUUCACUAUGAAGAUUCAACAGUUACAAUGUACUCUCAUUUAGUCUGAUUAGCUCCAUUUUCAUAUCAGUAUUAUAUUUAGUCCAUCAAAUAUACUGUAACCUAUUGAAAAGUCAAAUUUAAAAAAAAUCUUAAAACAAAACUUGUGGAAAAAAGUGAGAACCUGUGUCUUCAUAUGUCUUAUAUAAAAGGACAAUGUAAACUACUUGUAUAAUAUCCUUUGUUUCUCUUUAAACUGUACAUUAUGUAUAUGUGGAGAUUGUAUCAUAGUUCAAAUGAGUAUAUAAUUUUGUAGUGGAGUGAAAUAAAUGGUUACAUUGCAAUA